AGAGCUCUAGCCUCAAUAGAGGCAUGCAUGUGUAAGUACCAACUAGAAAAAAAAAAAAAAAAAAAAAAAUAUCAUAAUAAGUAAUUUUAAGAUUGAAAUUUGAAAUCAUCGUGAAAUACAACUGUUUGAUAAUUUGAAUUUUCUGCUUUGAAUCAAAGGCUUCGAAGCUCAAAAAAUGGAAUGUUGUACAUCAAUGGCUGGUCUUCCACUACUUCCUUCAAGUCCCUCCUCACAUUUAUCAUCUCCUGAUAAGAUUUCAACUAUAAAAACUGCUAAUUUUACUCAAAUUCCUUCAUGGGUAUCUCUCAAAUCCAAUACUUCUUCAAUCAGAAGUCCCCAAAUUCAACAAGGUCGGAUCGAAAAUAUACAUUUAGUUUCUCUGUCGAGACAAGGCAAGCUCAAGGAAGUUCAUGAUUUUCUCAAAGAAAUGGACGAGUCCGGUGUUUCGGUUAGUCCUCACUCGUUUGAAUGCUUGCUUGAAACGUGCGGGAAACUAAGGGCUUUAUCUGAUGGAAGGUUGAUUCAUAAUCGAAUGCGAAGAACGGUUGAAAAGUUUUCUGGGUUUCUUGAGAAUUGUGUUCUUCAAAUGUAUUGUGAUUGUGGGAGUUUCUUAGAUGCAGAUAAAUUGUUUGAUGAAAUGUGUGAGAGGAGCUUGGUUUCAUGGGUUAUAAUCAUAUCUUGUUAUGCGCAAGGAGGGCUGUUGGACAGAGCUUUUGGGUUGUUUUCAGAUAUGUUGGUCUUGGGAUUUAAACCGAACCAGUCAAUAUAUAUUGCGCUUCUGAAAUCUUUGUUGGAUCCUUCCUGUAUAGAGCUUGGUAAACAGAUACAUUCUUGUGUGAUAAAAGCUGGGUUGAAUCCAACUGUUUCAAUUGAUACGGCAAUCUCUAAUAUGUAUGUGAAGUGUGGGUGUUUAGAGAGUGCUGAGCAAGUUUUUCAGCAUAUGGCUGAGAAGAAUGCUGUAGCUUGGACUGGAUUGAUGGUGGGUUACACUCAAGCUGGGAAGCAAGAGGAUGCUCUGGAAAUGUUUGCUAAGAUGGUGAAGGAAGGUACCCAGUUGGAUGACUUUGUAUUCUCGAUCAUCCUCAAGGCAUGUGCGGGAUUGGAUGAAAUAGAAAUGGGGAGGCAAAUUCAUGGUCAUAUAGUGAAACUUGGGUUAGAACCUGAGGUUUCAGUGGGUACUCCUCUUGUGGACUUCUAUGUCAAAUGUGGAAAUAUGGAAAAUGCUUGCCGAGCAUUUGAGAGGAUAUCUGAACCAAAUGAUGUCUCAUGGAGUGCUAUGAUCUCUGGCCAUUCUCAAAUUGGUAAAUUUGAGGAAGCUAUUAAAAUUUUUAGUUCUCUAAGGAGUAAAGGGGUGCCUUUAAAUUCAUUCAUAUACACUAGCAUUUUCCAAGCAUGUUCUGCUGUUGCAAAUUUGAAUUUUGGAGCCCAAUCUCAUGGAGAUGCAAUAAAAAGAGGUCUAGUUUCAUACCAAUAUGGAGAGAGUGCCAUGAUUACUAUGUAUUCAAAAUGUGGCAGAUUAGACUAUGCCUUUCGAGUUUUUGAAUUGAUAGACAAUCCUGAUACUGUGGCCUGGACUGCUAUCAUUUCUGGUUGUGCUUAUCAUGGUAAGGCUUCCGAAGCUCUAAGACUUUUUAGGAGGAUGUGGUUUUAUAAUGUGAGGCCGAAUGAAGUUACAUUUGUUGCAGUUUUUACUGCUUGUAGUCAUUCUGGACUGGUUGCAGAAGCCAAGCAGUAUCUAGAAUCCAUGAGCAGUGAGUAUGGCGUGAAUCCAACAAUUGACCACUAUGAUUGUAUGAUUGAUAUAUACUCCAGGGCAGGGCUAUUAGAGGAGGCACUUGAAUUAAUAAAAUCCAUGCCAUUUGAGCCUGAUGCAAUGAGCUGGAAAAGUUUAUUGGGUGGGUGCUCAAUCCAUCGGGAUUUCAAGCUUGGAAAAAUCGCAGCUGAAAAUGUCCUUCAACUGGACCCAGAAGACACGGCUGCUUACAUUCUCAUGUUCAACUUGUAUGCUUUGUCUGGGAAAUGGGAAGAAGCAGCUAAUGUUAGAAAGAUGAUGGCUGAAAGAAAUUUAAGGAAGGAGGUUAGUUGCAGCUGGAUUACUGUCAAGGGCAAAAUGCACCGGUUUAUUGUGGGGGAUCGACAUCAUCCUCAAACAGAAGAAAUAUAUUCAAGGUUAAAGGAGUUCAAACUUUCAACAAUUGACAAACAGAAUGCACUUCUAACUGAAGAUGAUGUAUCAGACAAUUUGCCAGAGCGAAAGGAACAGCUUCUUGACCAUAGUGAGAGACUUGCAGUUGUAUAUGGACUUAUUUCUACAGGAAGUACUGCCCCUGUUCUGGUUUUCAAGAAUCUCCGAGCUUGCAAAGAUUGUCAUGAUUGGGCAAAACAUGUAUCCGUGAUCACAGGACGUGAAAUUGUUGUUAGGGAUUCCAGCAGAUUCCAUCACUUCAAAUCAGGUGUGUGUUCUUGUGGUGAUUACUGGUGACUUUGUACAUUUUGAUUUGGAUAGCCUCCGUUGCCAAGAUCACCAUCUGUAGGUACUGAAAUUAUACUGUUCUGUAAUAAUCUCUCUCAACUUCGUAACUUAUUAGUUUUUUUGUUUUAGUUAUAUAAUAUGAAAGAAGAAUGAUUUAUAGCA